GAAAAAUCCAAGUUCAGCAUCCAUGGGUUUUCCCGUAGGGUACCCGGAAGUGAUUGUCCCGCGCGUGUUUCUCCACCUCGUGACCCUCUUGGCCUUUCUCCGCUCCCUUGUCUCCUCCCUCUUCCGCCUCCUUCGACUCUCCGACCUCCUCGACACCGACGUCGCCGCAGCCUCAUGGCCGGAGACCCACGCGCCGCGGCCUCACGCGCCCACACUCUCGGCGCUGCUCAUCAGGGAGUUCCUCCCCGUGGCGACGUACGGCGUCGUGGCCGGAGAUUCCCCGGCGGCGGCGUGCGCGGUGUGUCUGAGUGAGUUUUGGGCGGAGGAAGAAAUAAGAUGUAUGGCGAAUUGCAAGCACAUUUUCCACCGAGCGUGUGUGGACCGUUGGAUCGAUCACGAUCAGAAAACGUGUCCUCUUUGUAGAACUCCGUUUGUGCCUCAUCAUAAGGUCCAUGACUAUAACCAACGCCUUUGGGCUGCUUCUGGUGUUUCUCACUUCUACGAAGAUGAUUACACUGCUUCCUUCUGAUUUCUUUUUUCCUUUCUUUUUUUUUAAAAUUUUUUU